AUGGCAGCGUCAACGUCCAAUUCGGAGCCUACAAGUGCCGCCAAACAGAACGAGCCCCAGGAACCGUCGCCCUCGCCGCCACCCGCCGCACCCGUCCCGCUGACCCCUGGCCCACGCGCCUCGCGACUGCAGCAGGUCUUCUCCCAGGCGCUGCUACACACCAUCCGCACAAACUCCUAUGCCAACUUCUCUGCUUGCUUUCCGACGCCUGCAAAGCAUGUUCCGCGCAGUCUGGAGUCGGUGUGGAGACAGCUGAACGCGAAGCUGGAGGAGAGCGCGAGGGCCGAGUUUGAUGACAUCCUGCAUGAGAGAGGGGUGGUUAGGAGAUUGAACGAGCUGGACAGGCUUGUGGGAGAGGCCAAGUUGCGCAGAGAGAACGGCGAAGGGGCCAACAGCGCGCCGGCGCAUACUUUGACGGCGAAAGAGCUAUACCAGGCGCAUCUAGCACCGAUUCUUGCAAAAGCGCAGUCAUCUCUCGAAACUCAGACGGAAGAAGUGCAGAAAAAGAAUACUGAGCUUGCAUCGAGGAUAGAGUCUCAAAGACAAGAGAUCCAGCAGCUUCUCGCUAGCCUUGAGGCCGUCGUCGGAGAUAUACAAGGCGCGGUAAAGUCGAUGGACGAAUUCGAUGAAGACAACACCCUACGAAAAGAAGCAGAGCAAAUGGACGAAGAGAUACGGUCUUCGCAACCUUCGUGA